UCCUGAGCCCACCGGCCGCCACCUGCAGCCACUGAUGGGGCAGCAGAGAUGAGGGGGAUCCCCUAACCAUGAGGAUCCACAAGGAAAACGGGAAGUGGAAGGGGAAACGCUUGUGUCUGGGAAGAAGGAUCACACGAUUUUCACCUCCUCAGUUCCAUCACCUGACUCCAGCGCUGACAGAGCUCCCGUGCAAAAUCCCAGGCGGAGAGGAGCGAUUCCUGCUGGCUGUUUACUCCAGCAGCGUCACAGCCUGGGACAGGGAGGGAGGACGGAGGGCGGGCAAAGUUCGUCUCUUAUAAAGUCAGCUCUGGUCCCCUCCAUUCAUUCCCCCUUGGCAGCAUCGUCGCGAGCCGCGCGUCCACCCUUUGCGCCAGGGGUUUUGCUGACAAAUCCGCUCGAGAUCACCGGCCGCUUGCGCGAUGCCGGGAGCGCUGAAGGAUGCCGGGACCACCUUCACCUGCCUCCAGCUCCUGCUGCUUCUCGGCGGUGCCGAGCCGAGGCCCCACGCGUGGGGUGAGGAGAGGCUGCAGCUGGACGCCGUCAAAAAGGGGAUCCUGGAGCGGCUGGGGAUGGCGGCUCCCCCGGUCAUCCGGCACCCGCUGGACCACAAGAGCAUCAAACGGGCGCAGCGGCUCUACCAGCAGAAAGUGGCUGAGCUGAUGGGCAACCGGAGCCGGGAGGAGGUGGGAGUCGCGCCCGGGACGAGGCAUCUGCAUCGCCUCACCCCCACAGUGCUGCGCCAGCCGGAUCUCCCACAGGGACACCAGGACCCCCAGGGACACCAGGACCCCCCCAGUCCCUACCGUUACCACCUCCUCCUCUCCCGCACCGAAGCUUUCCACCAGCAGCUCCAGGUGGUGCAGGCAGAGCUGAAGCUCUUUAAGCAGUCGCUGGAAUCCCCCGGAAUGUCCCUCCUCAACACCUCGGUGCCCUCUCGGGUCAGCAUCUACACUCUGCGGGGGGCUGAUGGGACCCCCCAGUUCCUGCGUAGCCAAGAGCUGGACCACAACGCCCCAAGCAUGGACCUCACAGCCGCCGUCCGGCCCUGGGCUGCCGGCCCCGAGGACACGCUACGCCUUGAGCUGGCCUUCACAACCGAUGUCUCAGCCUUGAUGGCCACCUCGGGAGGUGAGACCCUGGUGCUGGAGGUGGAAACCCAUGAGACCACGGGACGCGGGGCCAGGAGAGCCCGGGGGCUGGAGGAAGAAUGUGGGAAGAGCGAUGGGAAGUGUUGCCUCAAGUCUCUCAAGGUCUCCUUCCAGGACAUCGGCUGGUCAGACUGGGUCAUCGCCCCGCACAGCUACUACAUGAGGUUCUGCGAAGGUUCCUGUCCCCAUAACUACAAGCCGGCCAGCAUGCACGCCCAGAUCAAAGCCCGCAUGCACUCCCUCUCCAAAGCCACUCCAGCGCCCUGCUGCGUCCCUGCCGGCUACGACCCCAUGGUGCUGAUGCACUACGACGGCGAGGGCAGGCUGGUCUCCACGCUCUUCGAGGACAUGCUGGUCACCAGGUGCCACUGUGCCUGAUGGCAUCACCUCGGCACCCACUGCCGAGCAGACCGGGCAGGUCCUGCCCACCUCCCGGCAGCUCCAGCACCCCAGAAACCAGACUAUAAAUUGGAGAGGGGCAGGUGUUGGACUAGAUCCGAGGAAAUUCUUCACCAUGAGGGUGGGGAGGCCCUGGCCAAGGUUGCCCAGAGCAGUGGUGGCUGCCCCAUCCCUGGAGGGGUUCCAGGUCAGGUUGGAUGGGCUUUGGAGCCCCUGAGCCAGUGGGAGGUGUCCCUGCCCAUGGCAGGGUCUUGGAAUUAGAUGAUGUUUAAUGCCCCUUCCAACUCAAACCAUUCUAUAAUUCUAUAACUCCGUGACAUCAAAUGCCUCCCCGGGCUCCGCUCUCCAGCUCAGCCCCGAGGUCUGCGGUUGUCAAUCCACCUCCCCAGGGCCACAAUAACUUAUUCCCCCCUCUCUCUUCCCUUAUUUAAACCCAUGUUUUAUUGGGGCAGUGGGUCCUUCCCACCCGGGAGAGCCCAAAGUGGCCUGGGUGGCUCUAUUCCUGGGUGAUCGCAGCUCAUCCCACGUCCGAGCACCAUCUCCUCUUUGCUUACAGACUUUUUUUUAUACGACUCUCUUAUUUAUUGCUAACUUAUUGUAUUUUAUAGCAAAACGCCUUUUCGGGAAAGGGUUUGGAUUGUG